UCUCUGCAGGGUUGUGCAUGUCGGUGUGGUCUCCAGCAGAGGUCAGUGUGGUCAGCGGGUCCGCCGUCUCCCUCUCCUGCUCCUUCUCCUCCUCCAGCCGGGUCACCAGCCUCAUGUCUGUCGACUGGAAGUUCAAACCGCAGAGCGGCGGCCCCGCCAAACUGGGAGACGCCUCCAUCCAGCUGCUGAACGCCACACAGAACGACAACGGCACUUUCAGCUGCAGCGUACGCAACCCUCCUGACAUACAGGGCAACACGGCACAGACCGUACUGACCGUCACCCCAAAGAGAGUGUCUCUGACUCUCACAGAUGUGGGUGUUCUGCUGGUGUGUGUUGUGGGUCCGUCUGCUGUCGUCACACUCCUCCUGUUGUCCCGGAUCUGCUGCUGUUCUGAGGGUCCGCCGGCGCUGCAGCAUCACUCGCCCAUCGAGGUCAUCGCAGGAGAGGAGUACUUCUACACUCAGACCCAACACAAACACUCCGCCUCCUGCUGCUACUUCAAGGACUCUGAGUAUGAUGAGGAUGAGUACAUGACGGACAAACUGCAUGAACACACCAUCACAGAGUCACAGUGUUAGACCGGCUCCUCCUGUGUGUGUGUGAGUGCGUGCGUGUGUGUGUGUGCGCGCGCACGUGUGUGCAUGCGUGCGUGCAUGCGUGUGUGUGUGCGUGUGUGCGUGCAUGCUUGUGUGUGUGUGUGUGCGUGCGUGUGUGCGUGCGUGUGUGCGUGCGUGUGUGCGUGCGUGUGUGUGUGGUCCUGCAUGGGUCUCCUGAUCAGCGUGCUGGUGUGGAGCUCCUGGUGAGGGUAAUCUUCAUCACCGGUGUCAGACACUGAUGGACUAUUUCUCGUAAUCUCUGAAUUAAGUGACUAUGAAAGCCGGUCUCCAUAGCGCCGGUCACAUGACCAGAGGAGAGCGUUGUGAUUGGCUGAUUUUGUUGCUCUUCACGCUGUCGUCUCGUCUGGACAGUGUGUGAUGUGUGUAACUCUGUUUACCCUGAUGUUUGUGUUACCGUUGAGGGGGUCAUUACUGACGGUGAAGAGAGCGAGCUGGAGAUGAACUGAUAAUGUCUGCAUGUGAUGGAUGUGUCUCUGUAAUUUCUCUCAGUAUAAUGAACUUCUUCAAACCAAGGUCAAAUGUAUGAUAGCACUAGCUGAAUAUAGCAAAUAAAAUAAACAGCACUGGAAUAAA